AUCUUCUUCGGGUCAAGAUUAUCUUUUGACCCUAUUAUUAUGUUACCCGCUUUCUGGCAAUCCUGGCGUAAAUUUGCUCCAUUUGGGAAAAAACAGGCUUGAGCCACAGUUAAGCUCUUCCUUUGUGGCGGAGUCCUUGGGACUGAGACGAUCGAAGAUAGUGGAAUUUAGAAAUUUGAUCGUAUGUUGUGAAAUUAGCAACAGAUAGCGCUAUCUGUUGACCCGCCGAUCUAUUAUUAGUUCUCGACGUGAAGUGAAAGGAAAAUGAUAGUGCUCCUAAAGUUUAUUGUACUGGUACACGUUGGGAAUGGCGCGCGAAUCUUGGGCAUCGUUCCAACGCCAGCCUACAGCCAUAACAUAGUCUUCAGGCCACUUUGGAGGGAGCUAUCGUUACGAGGACAUCACGUGACCACGAUCACCACCCAUCCCAUUGGAGAUCCAAACCUAUCGAAUCUGACCGAGAUCGAUUUAGGCGAGAUCCAUCUCCCAUUCAACGAGUUCUUGGAGGAGGUGGCCAAGGACGAACGACCGGAUGUUUAUACAGAGCUCACUAGGUAUUACUCGCGAAUGGGGUUCGUGCUCGAUAAGUACCUGGGGCACCCUUCGGUGCACGAAAUGAUUAAGGAUCCGCGGGUGGAAUUCGAUCUCGUUAUCGGCGAGUACUUUUACGGCAGCCUUUUCGCGUUUGCGACACGCUUCGGCUGCCCGUCGAUCGGAAUGCUUUCAUGUGAGGCGCUAAAUCCCAUCUACGAGGCGGUGGGAAAUCCUGUCCAUCCCAGCGCGUACCCAGAUCCGCUGCUAUCCGUUGGAACGCCCAUGUCACUGAUGGAACGGUUGAUGAGUUUCGUGACGUUACUCAAAGCGACUUAUGCCACGCGCCGUGGGCAAAGCACCCAGCAGGAACUUGUCGAAAAGCACUUCGGCCGUCAGUAUCCGCCCGUUCGGGAACUAUGGCGUAACGUCAGCUUGCUCUUCGUGAACGCGGACCCAAUUUUCCACCCUAUCCGACCUUUGGUGCCUGGCGUAGUUCAAAUCGGCGCGGGCUCACACAGGUCACCGGCCGAGCCACUUCCAAGCCGCUGGCAACGGACACUCGACGCCGCGAGUAACGGUUUCGUCUACUUCAGCAUGGGAUCGAACGUCAAAAGUGAAUACUUGCCAAAAGGUCUGAUCGAUUUAAUUCUGGAGACCUUUGCGGAACUUCCGCUGACCGUUGUGUGGAAAUUCGAAAGUGAUACGCUCGAGAGUCUACCAGAAAACGUGAUCGUCUCUAAAUGGUUACCGCAACAGGAUAUUUUGAGGCAUCCUAAUAUCAAACUAUUCAUAACCCAAGGGGGCUUGCAGUCGAUGGACGAGGCGAUCUACGCCCACGUGCCGAUGAUCGGAAUACCGUUCUACGGCGAUCAACCGUACAAUGUAAGAAGGAUGGCGAGCAAAGGAAUCGGUCUGGAACUCGACCACCGGACCUUGGACAAGGAAAAACUCAAGGCGGCCAUUUUGGAGGUCGCCAACAACCCCAAGUACCGCAACACCUUGAAAAGGUUGGCCGAACUGGCGCAAGACCAACCGAUGACGGGAAUCGAAAAGGCGGUCUGGUGGACCGAAUAUGUCAUACACCACAGUGGGGCAAAGCACCUGAGAAGCCCGCUCUUGGACAUACCUUGGUACCAGUAUCUUCUCCUGGACGUUAUUGGGGUUCUGCUGCUGGCAGUAUUGCUGAUACUAUACGUAGUUUACUUGAUAAUUAGGAUCGUGAGGUCCGUACUUUGUAAACCGUUUGUAAACAACUAGUAC